UUGACCUUCUCUCUAGUCCGACCGACUCGCUUUUGACAUGAUUUGACGCAUGGCUGAAGUUCAUCCCGACAGGAUAACAAGAUGCAGAGACUUAUUCUUUGAAUGUCAUCGACACACAGGUACACUUUUCUGUCUUUAAAAGGAUUUUGCUCGUCUUUUAUUUGAAUGUGGGUCAGAGGAGCUCCUGGGUCACACCGGGCCAUUCAUUCACAGGGUUGGCUACAUGCUAAGCUAACUCAUGCUAACGAGGAAGCUAAGGAGUGCGGACGUGACAAGAAGACCUUUACUUUUAUUAGGAAUUACUCACUGUUUAAAUGGUUGUCAGCAAGUCUCAGCUUAUUAGCCUUUCUGUAACCAUACCUAAAGAGUAAAAGCAGGACUUGACGUUGGUAAAAAUGCUCUUUAUCUGUUUGACAGCUGUCAUAUAGCCUUCAAGUUAGCUGGAAGAUUCGGGAAGUAGUGUCCAGUCGUUGGUGAAGGCACCUUUCUUGACUAACUAUAUGACGGAUGAAUGCUUAAUAAUGUAUGUAACUCAUUUAUAUUCGUUUUACUAGUAAUUUUGGUCGUUGUCAGAAGCUUUAGCUCCUUGUCUCUCAGAAAUCUGGUACAUUCUGCACUCUUUGCAUAUGAGUAGCCAGGGUUUGAGUGGACCCUCAUGAUUUACAGCCAAAGGUCUAAAGAGGACAAGAAUAGAGUAUGUGACAUAUCUGACUCAAAGACAGAUCUGUGAGGCAUAGUUUCACUUCUCCUUAUGUUGCAUGUAAUCCAAGUACUCUUACUAGAAUGGAAUAUUUUAGUGCUUUUUCCACCUCUGUUCUAUGCAGUGAGCAAACAGUCUGUUAACCAUUGUCCUGCACUUGAAAGUUACUAGUUGACUGACUUCUUUUUUUCUGUUUUUUUCUGCAGGGUAGAGCCAGUGUGAAAGCACAGAGAAAUGGUGAAGUACUAUUGCUGCGCAGGUUUGCUCAAAAGCACCUGGGACCAAGUUUGUAUUGCUUUCUGGCAGCGGUACCCCAACCCUUACAGGUGAGGACAAAUUUAAUCUCUUAUCUGCACAUGACAUAACGCUGGUCAUUGGUGAAAGAGAGGAUUACUGUGUCUCUGCUUACCUUCUUCAAAAGAAAUUUUAGUGUAUAAAAGGCCAAAUAUUUUGUUUAAGGGUCAAUGACGUAUAAGGUUUUUAAACAUGCCAAUUUUAAAAUAGCAAAAACAAGAAUUUAUUUUGCAAAAGUUCAAACACUAAGGAUGUUGUUUAUACUAAAAUUAAUGUUAAAUUUUUAAAUUAGGCAAUUUUAGUGUUUUUUCAUAUAGAUGAAUUGCCCGUGGCCUUAAAAAUGUCAUGUGGUGCGACCAUCAUUUAUCUCAAAAUUAUUACAUUUUUUCUAAUACACUUAAUAGGUUUUUUACAAAUUGUCAGUAAUAUCAAGUGGAUAGAAACAAAGUGUUUGCAUUUCAUUUGAGUUUUUAGCAAUAAUGAUCUCACAUUUCAGCUCUAUAAUGUCAGUCACAAAAUUAAAUGUAGUUACAAGACUAAUUUUUUCUUUAAAUUGCAUUAAAUUUUCUUUAACUUGCAUAAUACUAAUAAAAAAUGUUUUAAAACUACCUUUUACUUAAGCAUAUUGUAUCAGGUAUUAAUGUUUCAGUUACAGAAAUUAGAUAUUUUAGUUUGUAUUUAAGACAAUUAAUGUUAUUUGUGGUCGCACCACGUGAUAUUUUGACACUUUGAAGUUCAGAACAAUUACAAAUAAGACCUGAUUUUUGAAAAGUUGAAGUGACUACAUCUAUAUGAGAGAGAUACUACAUAUAGAAAGUAUAUUUUUGUGCAUUUAAACCUUUUUUAACUUAAAAAAAAUAGAGCCGGACAGAAUAUUUAGGCGUCACGUCAUUGACCCUUAAUCAAUUGCUGUUCAGUCAUAAUGGUCACAAUUUCAACACAAGGCACGCAUCAAAUGGGUAUUUCACAUUUCCACUCACCAACACUAAUUCUAGACAGCACACUGUCAUGUUCAGAGGUAUGAAAAUAUGGAAUAGUCUUCCAUCUGUUAUUACAAGGUUAAACAGUAAACAUGUGUUUAAAAAGAAGGUAUACUGAUAUCUAAUGACCCAGACUCACUGUAAUGAGAAACAGAACACCCAGACUCCGCUGUGACAACAUGCAAUACAUGCCAAUGAGAUUUUGAUUACUAGUACAUUUAUCUUGGCCUUUAUUGGUGUCUAUUGUAAUUGGAAAUGUAAUGUCAUCAUAAUUCUUGUUUUAGUUAUGAUUUUAACAUCUGAUGUAAUUCUUCUGUUUGGACUUUUAUCAUUUUAAUCUGUAUGAAUGUUUACUAUCUAAAUAAAUCUCUUCACACGUUUCCAUGCUUGGCCAUUGCAUGUUUGGUUGACCUCUCAGUAUUAGUGUGAUGGGAAAGGGAAGUGUUGGCACAGAUUCAGUGUAUCAGAAUGUGUGUGAUACUUGCAGGCUUCAGUGUUGUGCUUUUGUUUCACAACAUUUUUUAGACAGCUAGUUUUCAUACUAAUGAGGCAGGCGGAUUGAAGAAGGUAACUUCUGACAGAAUUAGAGAGAGAUUUAAUUUAAAGGGAUAUUCUGGCAUAAAAUUAAUUUAGGGUCAAACACACCGUAACACUGAGUUAGACACCCCCGUUGAGAGAUGAAUGUUGCCGACCGCUUGCUUCUCUUGUUAUACCAACUUUAGUAAUGACCGCAGAAUAGCAAUACACAGCGGUCUGAGGAGCCAUAAACAAACCUCAACCAAAACGCCGCUCUAUAGCCACAAAUAAUGCUCAGAACAGCACCUAACUUCAUCAACAGUACAUACAGGGUCCUCACCACAGCACUAGCCACCAAACAUCUUUUUAACUUUGCCUGAUUUCUUUAGCAAAGAGACUAAACACAACUCACCUACUCUCUUCCAGCAGCUGCUUGUUUGUAGCGAGACAGGCCAGUCCAUUACGGACUACAACGGGGUGAUGCAGUUCAAGGAAGAACAUUUAUGAUAAUUUCUUCAUGGAAAUGCAAUCAGACCGAGAUGCUAAGGCAGAAGAACUACUGCGUCUGCAGUGCAAAAUGAUUAAUAUGAUGAUUAUUACUUCAAGGAAAUGAUAAACAAAUUAUCCUGCAAUAGUUACUAAAGUUGGUAUAACUAGAGAAGCAAGCAGUCUGCAACAUUCAUCUCUCGAGGGGGUGUCUAACUCGGUGUUACGGUGUGUUUGACCCUAAAUUAAUUUUGUGCCGGAAUAUCCCUUUAAGAUUUGUUGUGUCUGGGCUUAAUGAAAUAACAAUACAGCAUAACAAGGUAUGAAUACUCCCUGCUCUGAACAUGAAAAGCAUCAGUUAUGUUUAAAGUGUGCUAAAACCCAACUGGUCACAGUUCCUCAGUCUGAUCAGUUGCAAUAUUGGGCAGAUUUUGAAUAAUCUGUAACCUGACUUGUUUUUUCUUCACAUAUAUCUGUGUGUCUAUAGAUUUAUAAAAGUGAAAUUUACAGGAAAGGAUAAACAAUGCUGACUACUUUCAUCCCCUAAAGAAACUUAAAAAAGACAAUUAUGACCUUUAGAAAGAAGGGCGUUAGCACAGAGACGGUAGUUUUGAGGAUCUUGGGGGUAAUGGAGUAGAUUCCAGUUUGGGUGAGUGGUGGGCUACACCCUCAACAGGUCACUCAUCAACACAGGGCCUAAAAGCUAGUUCCUUUCCACCACAUACUGUUCCAGCUAUUAGCAAAGGUGAAACAAGCCCACAUUUAACAGCUUUAUUGUUGGUCAAGCCGCAGUGAUAUCCAGCCUAUGACGUAAUUGAUAAGAUAAGGCUGCGAGUCACUGUUGGCUAUUUUGCAUGCUAGUGCAGUUUUCAGCGUUGCAAUCAGGACUGUUAAUAACCUUAUAUAAAGGUGAGGGUACAGUAACCCAGAGACAUGAACUUAUUUAACCUGCCUGUCUCUGACACAGUGGUUUCUGUACCUUGCCACAUAUCACACUUUACUGCCUGACUGUCAGAUCAGGGGGUUAUAUGUUGCUGAGCUGCUUCAGAAGCUCUCUGAAGGCUCUGACGUUCAAGCAACCAAAACAGUUUAGUCAGAAUUGUAAUCAGAAAGCUUAAUAAUUGCAUAUAAAAAAUAAACAAUCCACUGCAAGAAGAUCCUAUUUAGCCCCUGGUAAUAACUCUUAUAGAGGGGCUGUUCAGUUUUCAAUGAAUACCACAACAAUAGUGCUUGAAGUUCAUUUUGAUGCAAAUGCUCCACUGUCUUUGCUCUUUUUGGAGCAAUAUCAUUUCAGUGAAGAAGAUUCCUUCGUAAAGCACAAACUGCAGUAUUUUACUGGGCAAAAAAAAACACAAGUUGCAAACCUUAUUUUUUGUGUAAUCCUGUCCAUAACUUCCCCUCUCCCCUACAGCAACCAUGUUUUAACGGAGGACAUCAUUUUUCGGGAGGUUACUCCUGCCAACUGCCUCAUUUCCAGACGCCUGUUGACCAAAACUAGCCGAGCGCCUCGCUGGAUGGAGCGGUACCUUCCCAAACACAUGGCCAGCUCGGCGUACAUCAUCGAGGACUCCGUCGUGGACCCUCAGAAAAGGACCAUGACCACGCUGACAUGGAACAUCAGCCACGCGCGCCUCAUGGUACCUCUAAGCUUUCCUCCAUACAUUCAUAGCAAUGCUUUGAGUAACAACACUGCCUCAUGUCACCGUGUUUAUCUUUCCCUCUCUGUCCCAGUCUGUGGAAGAGCGCUGUCAGUACAGAAUUAACCCUGAGAAUGGCAGCUGGACAGAGAUAAAAAGAGAAGCCUGGAUCUCUUCCAAUGUAUACGGACUCACUAGAGCUAUUCAGGUCAGUAGAGUGAAGAGGAGGGAAACACUGUAGCAGCCCAGGGAAAGGGAGACUUUCAUUCUGGAGUUAGAAACAUAACACAAAGUGUUAAGAUGCAACAGCUGCGAGAUUGAAGAGAUCUAACUGAAUGAUUUAUGACAGAUGUGAGGGAGCUUUUAUUGCCACCAAGCGUACAUUGUGAGAACACAUGUUGAUGAAUAUAUAGCAACAUGAGUCACAGGUUGUCAACAACACAAAACUUUGUCUUUUCACUUUCCAGGAAUUUGGCCUUGCGAGGUUCAAGACCAGUGUUACAAAGACCAUGAAGGGUUUUGAGUACGUCCUGGCCAAAAUGCAAGGUAAGUGGUCCAUAAGGCUGUCAUCAGUACGUCUGGUCAAUACAUUUUAUUUCUAACCUUCUUGCUGACCAAUAAUAGAGACGAGUUAAAGUAUCAGCUGUGAAUAGAGAUGAUACUGGCUUUCCAGCCAAAACCUGGCCCACAGUGAAAGCUUUUUCAAAUCUUUACAGAUCUUGAAAACGUGAAUAUCCCAUAAAGUGCAUAGUGCGCAUCACGGCCACCACAGCACACCACACUCUAGCAGAUUCUUUGACAUGUGAAAAUUUCUUACAGUCAAGACAUGAAAUUACAGCAAACACUCAUGGUGGAAAGCAGGAUGGUUUCUAGCUGCUUAGUUACCUGCUAUAUUCAUUUGCAGUCAGAGUUUCUGCUCAGUUUGAUGUUUUACAGAUACAUUAUGGAAACACUUUUGUUGUUGCCAUGUGUGAGUUGAUGUAAGUCUGAAGUUUCUGAGUUCCAAGUGUGUGCAUGGCUGUCCUCAGGGUCCCCCCCCCCCCCACAACAUGAUAUCUGAUCAUAAAUACUGAAGUAGUUCCGUCAUGAUAUCGAACUUCACCACAUUAAUAGUAAUGCAGUGUUUGAAGAAAAUGUAGGAAAAAGUCAAAGACGAGAGUGGAGUGACAUGUCACGUUUUAAUCUUUGCUGAUAAAUACACUAGACUUGUAAACUAGUAGGAGAAUUGAUCAUCCAUUUCUCCUACUAGUUUACAAGUUCAAAGUUACGUUUUUCCCAUGUCACCAAAUUCCUGAUGAAACCAAAACUCACUGUCUCUUCUCAACUGUGGUUCUGCGUCACACCUCAACAAAUACUUUAUUUUUUCCCAAACUGAAGGGAGGACUUAACCCCCUACUGUGAAGACCAGAUUAACAUACACUUAUUCUAAACAUUUCCAUAUUUUCCAAGACUAUUAUUGUCAAUACCGGUAUGUCAUGACAGCCCCAUAUCAGACAUGUUGAAUUGUCACAAAAACAAACCAAGCAGCUCCAAUCAUCUUAGGAGCAGAUGGGGGGGGGGGGUAAAAAGUUUUCUGACUUGUUGAAAGGGGGAAUCUGGCCCAAAAUCAGCCUGUUGACCAUGAACUUGCUGAGGUGUUGAAUUUGAAUCGGUAGAAGUGGAGUUGAAGACGAGAAAAAAAACUUUGUAGUUGCUCCAUUGUGUCUCAGGCUGCAGGGGUGUGUUGUAGCAAGGCUGUGAAAAAAAAAACCUUGAACAAUAAGUGAUAUUGAUAUGCAUAAAUGGUAUAAAUAUACAAAUGUAUCAGCUGAUAUUAAAAGGAAUAUGCUGUGACUUUCAUAGGUGAGACACCAUCCAGAACUCUGGCAGAGACAGCUACGGAGCGAGCGAGAGAGACGGCGCUGGCAGCUAAGGAGAAAGCCAAAGACCUUGCUUCACACGCCCAGAAGAAACAAUAUGUGUGAUGUGAGAAAUGUGAAAGUCCUACUUUUUGUAACUGAUACAGGUACAGAUUUAUAUUUACCCCCCUGAACACUGGGGGUAAGACCGACUUGUCCCAGUCAUGGGUAGACACCUCUAUGAGGAAGUUUCUGACUUAAACGGUGGGUGGACCAUAAAUAGGCUUGAGCUGGUCUAAGAGCCUCUUUCAGCCUCCUUGUUUGUCUCAUUUUGAAUUUAUUUUACCUUUGAUACCACAUCAUCUCAGUGUUUACCAGAGAUAGAGAUAGAGGAAGGGUUGGUUGAAUAUGGCUCUGGGUGCCAUAAAACGAUCAUAGCACUAUGCCAAGCUUCAUACUUUCCUCAGACCUUUGCUCAACCGCUGUGCCCAUCGGUGUUUGCUUUUUACUCCGUUCCUCUGAGUGCAUCUUGUUGUUUUGUAAUAGACUGGCAUUAUGACCAGCUUCUUGCCUGAGAAGCUAAAAUAAGCUUAACACAGGAUUAUCUGUUCAUGCUAAUUCAUGUGAUUUGAUUUACCUCUGUUUUAUGUUUUGUCACUAUGCUGUUGUUGUUUUGUUCAGCUCACCCAGCCACACCUUAAUCAUCCUACCACGUCUGACUGCUUCAAGUUGAAGUGCAUUGACUGAUAAAGGGUCCAUAUUGUUGGCAUUCAUUGCUAUGUAAAAGAAAAUACAAAUUUAGCACUCAUAGCGUGGUAAGAUCUGGAUACCGUCUGUGUCUUUGCCCACUUAUACAAUGUGUGAACAAAGUGUAAAAGGACAACUUUAAAUGUAUAAAUGGAUACAACGAAAUAUCCAAUGCAACAAUGUGCUCUUACUCUAUUGAAUAAAAAUCAGAUGGUCAAAAAAACAUGAUGUAAAGAAUUUAAACUGAC